AUGCGUGGAGGAGCCAGCUUUCAAAAUGGCGGUCUGGAUUUGGUGCAAGUGAUUGGGAAAAGAGGACGGAAAGUGCCUAUCAUCCUUACUAGUGAUGUCAAAAAUGCAAUUGAUGUCUUGAUUUCAAAGAGAGAACAAGUUGGGGUGUCGACAAAAAACAAAUAUGUCUUUGCAAGAGCAAACCAGGAUUCCCAGUCCUAUGCUAGAGGAUGGGAGAGCAUGAAAAAAACUCUCAGUUGUGUUGGAAACUUAGAAAGGCCAGAGCUAAUUACAAGCACAAAAUUGAGAAAGUAUAUUGCUACUGUGGCUCAGGUAGGAAGCCUGACAGAAAAUGACAUGGAUUGGCUAGCAAGGCACUUAGGGCAUGACAUUUCAAUUCACCGCCAGUACUACCGACUUCAUGAGUCCACUCUGGAGCUGGCCAAGGUUAGCAAGUUGUUGCUGGCUGUAGAUGCAGGAAAUAUAGAAAACCUUGUUGGAAGAUCUCUUUCUGACAUAAAUGUUGAUGACAUUUCAGAAAGACCAAAAAAUACCGGCUUUGAAGAUGAUGACAGUGAUGAUGAUAAUGAUGACAUUGAUGAUGAAGACAAUGUUGAUGUCAAUGAUGUUAACAAUGAGGAUAGCAGCUCUAGUGGUGACAUUGAAGACAACACUGAUGAGGACAUUGAUACA